AUCCCUUUAAGAAAUAUUUGUCGGUAGAAGCAUUUAACGACAUAUAUAUUAUCAGAAACAAUAUGUAUGAUCCAAAAUCGACUGAAGUUCCACCAACAUUUACAUACAAUGAUCCAAACAUAGGCGCACCACUAGGACCACCACCCGCAUAUAACACAGCCACUCAGUCAGCAGUGAUCAUACAUAAUCAGCCAAAUGUUUUAUACCAGACCCUAAUCUUUGGCGAGACUCCAGUUCGAAUGACAUGUACAUCUUGUAGAGCUGAUAUUUUGACUAAUACUCAUUAUGAGAAUGGAACGUUUGCCUGGGUUGCUUGUAUUUUCUUGGUAUUUGUUGGUUUGUCGCUGUUUUGCUGCUUGAUUCCGUUUUGCGUUAAUUCCUGUAAAGAUGUAGUACAUACAUGUCCCAAUUGUCGGGUUACAGUAGGACGAUAUGAUAGGAUACAAUGAAUUCCAGACGUUCUAGCACUAAUCCAGCGUAAUCCAGAAUCAAUCCAAUACUUUAUUUUUUAAAAGUAUAGUCUCUGUGUUAUAAUAUUUAUAAUGCAAAAUUACAUUAAGUGUGCAGACCACAGUACAACAAGACAGAACCAGCUUAUGAAGUUAAGUUUCUGGUUUUUUUAUUAGUGAAGUUAACUUAUGUUUUGUGUAUAUGCCUUUUUGUGUUUCUUUGUUAAAUAUGACGUGGCUCUGUACUUGUACAUCUAGUCAUUGUGUUAUUGAGCUGUUGUAAAUUCUUGUAUUCUUGUUCUAGUUUUAAUGAAUUAAUAUGCCUUGUUAA